UGCAGUGGACGAGGAUGUCAUUAUAUGCGUCACACAGAAAUUGUCUUUGAUAAGAAGGCGGUGCAUUUGCAUGAAAUUCUUCGCUGUCAUAAUCAUGAAAACAGCGUCUGAGGCGCAAAGGAGGCGUACAUGACAAUGUUGAUGAUAAGCAUAAAGCAUGACACAUACACACAAUACAGUAUGCGCCAUCGUGAUGGAAGGUAAGGCGUGCGGACACGGACAGAAGAGAAGAGAACCGGACAACACAACACAAACGGCGUUUGGCGUUUGUGUUGUCUGGUUCUCUUCUCUUGUGUCUCUGUGUGCACGCCUUACCUUCCUCCUCGAUAAAUCCAUACCCACCAGCUCAACCUUAUGUAGUUUUAAGCACUAUGCGCCAAUAAUCAGAUAGCUGAAGGAAAACAACAAAAAAAGAAGCCUGGAUGGCCUCAAUGUCAACAACGACGACGCAGCGAUAACACAUUUGCUCGCAGAGUUCACAACCGCCAAGUGCCCCAGUAUGGUAAAUUUGCAAGAAAACAAAUCAAAAAAACUUCGCGUAGACCCAUUUCUACCAUGCACCAUUGUAUUCGCGUAAUUCUUUUGGUUAUUUGGAUGCUUUUCUUCUUUCUUUUUCUGCUUUUUCUUAGUAGUUUCGGACGAGUAAAAGGGUUAGGUAUUUACUGUUGUUGUUGUUGUUGCCUCAAAACAUGGCUCGUACCCACGAGGGGGAUUGGCCACACUGGAUAAAGUAAAACAUACACCUAACAACAAACAAAGGGGUAAAGGUGAAUAAUCAAAAUUAAGAUUUUGGCAACUCCUUAACACAGAUUUUAAGAUGUCCUAUACAUAAACUAACUAAAUAAAAAAAUUAAGAGAAAACUAACUACAAAAAUAAACAUAAAAUAACAUGUCCCACGGUCGGUACUCCAGCAGCGUAACCUUCCGGAUGCUUCAAUAAAUUUGUGUACAGCAGUGAUCAUCGAACCCUGACUUGUGCCUAAUUGACAGGCCCCAAAAGACAAAAUGUUUGGCGUUGUAAGUGCCAAACCCAGAUUACUGCUUGGAAAUAACAGAAACAUUCUACGGAGGGAGGAGAAGCGGUGGCAAGAAAGAAAGAAAUGGUCAAUAGUCUCCGGUUGAUUACAAAACGAGCAGAGGUCAGAGAUUGAUAAACCGGAUCUGUGAAGAUAAAAAUUUAGGCGGGGAACUCUGCAGCGGAAAGUUGGCAGCGUCACCUUACAUUGGCAUGAAAGGCACUUGCUCGUGUUCCACUGUUGGUUGGCACUCUCCCAGUCAGGUAUUUACCGAGCGUGAGCAUUAUAGAUCGAAAAGAAAUGUACAAAUGAUUGAUAUAAUUUGUGUAAAAUUAUUUUUGAAGUUACCUUUAUUCCUUUUUCUUUUUGCAAAACUGACUUAUAAAUACGCUUAGCUUUAUUUGAUUUGUGGUUGGACUUUCAAGCAUUUUAAUUUAUCUUCUUGUGAUCGUAAUACCAUUGAUUCGUGGCCUAUCCGCCAGCGUGGUAUGGUGCAUAUAUUGAAGGAAAUUGUGAUCAUCAUCAAGGAAGCGAUGCAUCCACGUGGGGGUUGGCCGGUUCACCUCGAGCGAGAAGAAGAUUGGUCGGUCUCGUGCGUUCCAGCACGGCGUUGCAGCCCCGCUUCAGAAACGACGGCGACUUCCCUCCAACGUGGCCGGAGUUCGGGCCGCCCAACGAAUCUUAGACGCCAGCAUCGCACAGGCUGCCACCCCUUGUUCAAGAACCGAGCACCGGCAAAACAGACAUGGCCACGGCUGCUGCGACCACUGACAGGCCAAGCUUGGACAAGAGAAAAGCGUCGGCGAAGAUGCUGGUGUCACUUUACCCCAGAAUUCCAAAGACUGCCUCGGUGCUGCUGGAGUUCUUCAUCAAGCGCGAGAGCAAGGUGUCGCUGAUGCGCGAGCCACUGUCACACUUCUGCCAGGAAGAGGUGGUCCUCCAUGCGCAAGAAUGCCAACUCAAGCUCACCAAGCAGGUCAUCACGUACCAGGACGUCCGCGAUAUGGUCGAGAAUCUGGUCGGUCUCCAUAACAUGUGCUUAAAGAAAAAUCCGGAAGUUGCGAAAGAACUCGGUAACACCGUACGCAAGCUGACUAUCAUCGUGGGCGAGGUAGCGACUUCCUUGGAGAAGAUUGCCGAAGUCCCCGUCACGGAUUGGAUGGCCAUUGGCGAUGCUAUUGUCAACAAGCUUGAACGGUUAAAUCCACCUAAACCACUUCCGUUCGCCACGUUUAUCCCACGGAUGCGUGACUUCAAGAGCUUGAAGAUGCUCGGGGCUGGCGGCUUUGGGGCCGUAUAUUUGGCCAACUACCGCCCUGCGAACUUCGUGACGACGGUGAAGCUGGUGAACAUGGACCGGUUCAGCCGGCACAAGCAGGCAGCCAUGGACAAGGUUGUCGCGUCCGUCAUCAGGAACCCAUUUCUCGUCAAGUAUUAUUGCUGCUUCUGUGUCAAGGAGGCGUACGUAACCAUCAUGGAGUACAUCGCUGGCCUAGAUCUGAUGCGCGUGGUGACCAAGGAGGAGUACUUGGAGAUCGAGGCGGUGCGCAUCAUCAUGGCGCAACUGAUACUUGCGCUGGAGCAUAUGCAUUUGCGCGGAUUUCUCCACCGGGAUGUCAAGGUGUCCAACAUGCUAAUUUUGCCGGGCGGACGAGUGAAAGUCAUCGACUUCGACACAGUUAAGGUCUGCAAUGGUCACUUUGCCAAGCGUCUCCUGAGGGGCUACUUUCGGAGAACACCUUUCGAAUUCCACGAUGGCGAGUCGGCCGGCACCAUACCGUACAUGGCGCCGGAAAUCCUCAAAAGGAGACCGUAUGGUCGCGCUGCCGAUUGGUGGUCGGCGGGCAUCGUCAUGUACAAGCUGAUGACAGGCCGGGUGCCGUUCCGAGGGAAGUCCAAGCAGUUGCUUCGCGAACGCAUCAUCACGUCGCCGCUAAAGUGGCCGCGGGCCGACGAGCAUCCACACUCGGCGACCACGCCGGCCAAGGACAUGACGUAUCGAAUGCUCAAGAAGAACCCCGUGGAACGGCUCGGCUCGCGCAACUACAGCGACUUGAAGACGCACCCGUUCUUCGACCAGUUCAACUGGCAGAUGCUUUACAACAAGACCGACUUGUGCGAGAUACCGAGCAUCGCCGAAAUUAUGAAUAGCGACGCCGCGAAAGACAGCAAAACUGUGGACCCCGACGACAAGCGCAAGCACCAGCAGAUCGAUGAAAUGACCGACGUGAGCGCCGAGAGCCAGAAACCGUUGCUCUGCUACGCUUCGCCUAGUUUCAAGAAACUCAUGCUCAAGGUCAAGGCGAGCAAGACGACCAUCAAGCUAUCCGACUCAUUCAUGGAGUCCAGCGGGCAGAGCUCUACAGUCAUCGACUACAAGGCGAACUCUCCGAUGUCCAUGAGCAGAACUGCACCGCUGAGCAGUAUGGAAGGUAAAGACAGCGUGACCACCGAGAAGGUGGACCUUAUGCUUUACCGGAAGAAGAAAUACUUGAAGUUCUGGGGCUUUGGUUUCUCGCUGCGGCGUGUCCAGGGAGAGGAAGCGAGCUUAACCUACGUGGACACGGUGACCAAGGGCUCGCCGGCUGACAUGUCCAAGGUGCUGCCGCUGGACUUCAUUCUGAACGUGAAUGGAAUCGCGGUAGCGGAUGCGCCACUCCCCCGGGUCAAGAAGAUCAUCAGCGGUGCCGGCGACCAGAUGGUGCUGUCGGUGAUGUCUUCGAGCCCGUACCGGCUGCUCACAGGCCGUCGAGACAUGCUGGGUGUCAUUCGUGGCAUGCCCCUAGAAUCGGCCGUUGUUAAGGCCGCGGCACUCAGCUGCAUCGGCGCUAGGCCGUACGGCAUCGGCAUCCUCGACGUAGACGUCGCAGACGACAGACUGAAACAGUCGGCUAAGUGCUUCGUGCUACUGUACGCCGACGUAGUCAGCUCGAACAACAGGAUGGUCUUCCCGGGUGAUGUGCUAUUCGAGAUCGACGGCACAAAGGUGGAAGGCAUGUCGCGGAUGCAGGUUGACCAGAUCCUGGGCGCUGGCAAGCCUGAAGUCACGCUGUCUGUGGCUCCCCUGUCGCCGUUGCGCAAGAGGCGCUUCCUGGUCUCCAAGUUGCACGAGACAGGAAUGACCGACAUUAACGUUCCAUCGAAGUCCACGGCUGCUGAUAUAGACUGAUUACUCUAUUAUUUCCCAUGUCCUCCGACAAUUGAAUUGUCGUAUUUGUAUGACGCCUGCGUUAAUAUGCUUGGCGGAAAGCGCUUAAAUUCAGAGCACUUGUUUUACGCCAUUGAAAGACAUGGGACGCAAUCUGCCGCCCAUAACGAUGUUGCUACUUUGGCGACAUGCCGCCAGUAUAUCUUUGUGUUAUUUAAGGUACGUUUAGAAUAUCUUUUGUAAUUACGUUGGAUUUGAGCGUUACGCCUCUUUAAUGGACCAUAUUAGGGUGGUUGGCGACUAUGCGAAUUUAUCGCCUACUUAUAGUGCUUCAGUCUAGCAUGCUGGAAUCCUGCUUGUGGUUACCGUUAGCAAGUAAGGCUAAGUGUGUGUGUGAACUCGGAACCGGUGGUCACGCAAGAGUGCAACUACUUGCUGCAAAUGACUGUAGUAACGACGCUAUUCAAUGACAAUUUCGAAGGUACGACAUCGGCGAAAUUUCGAAACCUGGGUAUACCAGUGAUAAUCCUGUGGUUUCUGGUUAUCGUCUUCGCUAUUUUGUUAUGUAUGCCGUCGAGUGAGGUACAAUCAAAAGUUGCUGUUAGCGCGCACCUCAGAGACGUUGGAGUCAUGUUUGGCUAGAGAGUAUUAUUGAAAACAAUGUCUUCCUGGAAUUUUUUAUAACGGGUAAUCUAUUUCUAACAUUUUUCUACCCUCGUGGUGAAUACAAGGCCACUGGGCCACAGCUAUGCACCACCAUGGUUACUACGUAUGUGCCCCUGGGGUUAGUGGGUCGUUGCUGGGUGUGGGCAACUGUAGUUAUGACUAUGGUGAUGAUGAGUGUGGUGAUGGCGAUGAUAAUGAUGGCAAUGAUAAUGAUACCCGAUCACAAAAAUUUCGAGGGCGAUUCAACCUCCAGGUGAUGACCGAUGAAACAUGGUCGCUCUAGCUCUGCACUCGCAAUAAAUUAUACGGUUCAAACCCCCCAGUCUCGCCCCCAAUUCAACCGGGAAAACAUUGUCUUUCGUGGACUUCAACUAGACAUUGAGGCUGUGUUCAACUAGAUGGCAAAGUAGACGGCUAAGUGGACAGCGGCCAUCUUAAGUCUCGUUCCAAUUAUCACGAAGGCGUCGAAGUAGACAGCUUCGCGACGACAGCAUCGAAGUCAGAAAUGAUGCAGGCUACUUUCCUGUCCAAACAAAAUGAUGGCUGAGCAGGAUGCUUGGAAAGCCGAUAGGAGAGUCGUCUGCGCACAAGAAAACAUAUAGACGUGCUUUCCUAUGCCCUUAAUGUAAGUCACAGUGUUUUUCAUAGGCUUGCAGGCGCAAUGACUUAAAAUACAGAAAUAAUGCGUGCUUUUCUCAACUUUUUCUUGUCGCUGCGAGGUGGCGUCUCGUCGCAGACGCGUCUUUCAUACCUCAUCCAGACGGUUCGAAACGUUCGAAACGCGUUUCAUUACAUGGCCUCGAAGCUGUCUUGGCUGUCUCCUUAGCUGUCUUCGUAGACAGUCUCCAAUGCUCGUCAGAAUUGGAACACACCCUGAACCUCCUUUCAACUUUUUUUAUUUCGUUAGUUGGUUUCCUCGCUGAUAGUGUGUUCUUGUAUGGAGGGUGAAUGAAUCUACUGCAUACGCAUCUUCCACUUCUGCACGUUACUUGUUGCAAUGGUCCAAUACAUCGUAUUGCUUGGCAGGGACUUUGCCUUAAGUGGAGAGGUAGCUCUCGCACAUGGCAAUUUGAUAAGCUCAUGGCGGUGUGGUCAGUUCUGGAAUCAACGUGUACGUGCAGGAAGCUCGCCCAUUUUACGAGAUAGAAGAUGUAUAUAUGUGCUGUGGUACAUGAAUAAAUCAAACACACGCAAUCUAACAUUCAAGCCACAUAAAUAUGACACAUUCAGUAAUAAAGUCCUGGCACAUAACUAAAGUCAGGGAACAGAAGAAAAUCCCGAAAUAAGUUCACAGGAAGCCGCAGGAAGUCGGGCGCAAAAUCCAAGAAAGUCGUGUGAAAUAAAACACGCACUGUAAGCUUAAAACAACUACUAAUUACUCAAUAUUCGCCGAGAAUAUCACUCGCUUCCAAACAUCUCUGGAGCUCCACCGACACUCGCAUUUCCAAUAAAUAUAUUGGCCAUAUGCGUAGGAUGUUCUCAAGAUUCAAAGGCCUUCCAUGAAAUAACCUCUAUUGACGGGUGUUGCCUACAGGCAACAUGCCAGAAAAGUUUUUUUCUUGCCGAGUUUCAGUACGGAGUACGAAGUUUCCGGCUAAAUGUCUUCAGCCAACACUGAAUGACUGGCAGCAAGCGUUAUUUGUUGGUUUAGAGUAGGAACACUGCACGUGGGAGAAGGUUGGCGCACGACUCACUGUCUUUUGAAAGCAAGGGCAGAGAAGACAGGUCAAUGCAAGAUUUCCAGCAGGAGUGGUGUCACACAUGUGAUGUGUAGCAAAUGGAAUAUACACCUAUGGUUCACAUAUGAUGAGAGCUGUCCAUACAAAUUGAAAACGAAGCUUUAGGUGGCUUGGGGUGAAGCCCACUUCUAGUUUCCUGCCUGUGGUUUUCCCCCUAUUGCUGAACGAGGUUUCCGGGAAGUAUUUUUUUUUCUUUUUGAUGAUUAUGCUUAUUCUUGAUGUAUUUUGUACAUUUAGAUAGAAAGUCAACAUUUUUUUCUGGGUAUUUAUUUGUCUCGUAUUAAUUAAUCACGCAAUGAACGUUGCCUGUGCGUCGUGUCGCGGACAUUCCAGUCGAUUUUGUAAAUCCUCAUCCAGGCGUCCAUAAGUGCAUGGCGGGCUAUCAGCGCAUGACAUUUCCUGCAAAACUUGUUUUAUGAAUAGGGCACCGAGCAACAGGCGGUGAACCAGCCCUUCAAAGGGCCCUGUGGUCUCCAAUGUGCUUGUGAUGCUUAAUUUAUGCGAAAGGUCAAUUUAAGAUCAAUGUGAAGCUGUUCAAUUGUGAUACUUGCAUUAAAGGCUAUGCCGGCUCUGCAACCAAGGGCUGAAAUCUGUUUUAAUAUAUGCCCUAAUUCGCCUUCAGUUAAAGGAAGUCCCGAAGUUACUUUGUUCACAUGCGCUUUUCCUGCUGCUUCGUCUGGUGCAACAUUAACAGGAAUAUUGCAGGUCAGGUAUCCAGUGGAACAUUAUUGAACGAUUUUGUUAAUUUGCUUUUCGGAGUUCCUUUAGAGAUUAGUUACUUAAUUUAGUAAGUGAUGGAACUGACCCUUCCCAUAGCGCGCCUGCAACGCGGUGAAGAACAUUUGUUAUCGAUCUUCGUUGUUCUUCAAGGGCUUCAUUGUGAUAGGGGAGUUCUCUGUCUUGAAUAACACAAAUAAAUCUGUGCUGUAUUAUAUGUCCAAGGGUCGCUCUACAAUGUCCCUUAAAUGUCGUUUGGUGAAAGGUAGCAUAGCCAUUUUAGUGAAGGACAAUUUCGUUGCGCUUAGCUUUAACAAUUUCUCCACAAUGUUGAGACAUUCUGCAGCGUUGAUUGAACAAGGCCGACACAUGAACCAGACGCGCAAAUACAGGCAUAGUUCGCGUAUAUUGAGUAAUUUAACGCAGGCGUUCUUUUUUUUUUUCACCCUUGUUCCCUAUACCAGAUAUAUUAGAGCAUUUCCUCUUUGCUGGAAGACUGCAAGCUGUCGAGAACGUGACGUGUCAUGGUAACCACAAAAUACGGAUUUUUUUUUCGCACAGUUGGGAAAAAAGAUGUCAAAUACACUGUGGAUGUUCAAAAAAUUUCAUGUAAGAAACAGAAAAUUCUUUUUGUUUAAAGAAGUAUCA